AUGGCAGGACUUCUGGCUAGCCAUAUCGCUCUCUGUCCCUCGAGCACCGUAAGCUUCGCCUCUUUGCAAACGAGGCGAACUCCCGCGAGAGCAGCAUACGCUCAUCCGCAUGGCGGACGGACUCCUGGUGCACCAUCCCCGCUCACUCCGUACUCAGCAAGGAUUGAGCAAUUGCAUUCGACGGCAACGAAGGCAGUUGAAAGCGCGGCCUCUACCGCUAUUAACUCUGCUCCCACGUCUGCUGUUGCGUCAUCCUCACCCUCGUUGAGUCCCUUCCGGGAAAGGAUAAACGAUUGGUAA